AACACCAAUCGCGCGCCAGUACCGUGGUAGUCGCUACAGCGCACGCGCGUUCCGCGUAAAAAAGAAAAAGUUUGAAUUCUUUUGUUUUUAAAUCCGUACAGCCAGUGUAGUCGUUCUUUUUUCAUUUACCUUUUUAAAUGAGUGAACAAAGUUUUUAAUACAAUAAGGUUGGUUGUGAUUGUGAUGCGAUAGAAGAUUUUUUCGGAGGGAUUUGCACAAGUGGAGCUGUCAGUUGCUGUAUGAGGUUCAUCGAAGAAAGCUACCGUCUCAAUGACUUGAGAUGAUGUAGCGUUUUCAAGACUUCACCCGAAUUGACAAUCCCACAAGUAGAUAAUGUAUUCAAAAACAAAAUAUAAUUAAACAAAUCUCAAAGUUAAUUAACAGACAUGACAUAACAAUGAUAUCCUACCUAUUGUACCUACAUAACACAAAUAUAAUGAAAGACACGAAUUCAAAGUUACGAACUCUGUGAAUUUAUGACUGUGACAUAAAGUCAUGGUAAAGUAUUUCUGUCCUUGUUCAACAUAUAGGAUAUAAAGAACAGACGUCAAUUUGAUAGAGUAUCCAGGGAUGAGAUUAUAAACAGACAGGGAAAUAGGUAGAAUAGUAAAGAUGUCGUCGAGUAAUGAGAUUAGUGAUACGGAGACCCCUAGUAAGCUGAGGAUGAAGCCUGCAGUCAGCAGGAUAUUUUGCUGUAGCGUCACCGCCGCCUCUGGAUUUAUUGCUGCUUAUGCUUUGGUGGCGUAUGCGAUAGCGCUGAUCUACGAGAUAGUGUGGGUGGUGGAAGCUCAGAGCGGGCUGCCGGUGCCGUCGGCGUUGCUGAUGAUAUGCUACUGCAUCGUCAUCGCGGCUACCGUCACUCUUGUUCAUGGACUUAUCUCCAAAAACAACAGAUACCUGCUAGCGUGGCUGAUAGCAGUCAUCCUAGUGCUGAUACCGGAGUGCGUCCUGGUCUUCUACAUGUCUAUCUAUUACUGGGGUCUGCAAGGCGUGUACGGGGGCGCGGAGCUGGCGUGCUACGUGGCUCGACUACCCGCCAUCGUGAUCGGAGUAGUGCUGGUACAGUCUGCGUACGCGCUGAGGGAAGCCAGGAAAGCAGGGUACGGUCCAGGCGCGGCGGUGAGUGGCAGUGAGUUCGAUGCCAGCCAUUACGUGCCCGACGCCCCGAGUGCCUUCACUAACGACGCCUUCUUAGCGGACAAUGGCAAACCCGGCUCGAUGCCAGACCUCCGUCGCCACCUCGCUUCACGGCAGUCCAUCAACAUGGGGUAUCCACAGAUGAUGUUACCGCAACCACCGCCAGCUUACUGGCAACAUUUAGCUGACAGACAAUACGCUGCCAGCUUAAGAGGAUACCCGAAAGCGUUCAGCGGACCACAAAUGUACGGCACCUGGGUCGGACCUAGAUCAGGACCUUACGAUAACCCUUACAAACGGCGACAUUCCAUAGUCGGGGCUUUUGAUGAAUACCCCGCGAAAAACUACGAUGUUUACGAAGACAGAAUGGACUGUAAAAGCGAAAUGGCGUAUCCAUAUUACAGACAACAGUACUACGACCCAAGAAUGUAUCCUCCAGAUUACGACCCAAGGUUUUACCCAGAAUACAAACGUGAAGAUGCAUCUUAUGGGGUCAACCUCUUAAGACAUGACCCUUACCACUUCGGGUCGAGAGAACGAGUGUUCUACGGCCUAAGAAACAGUCAUACCUCAGUCGGGAAUGAGUCUGACGACUUGACGAAAUACAAAGACGUUGCUUUGUGAAGUGAUUUUUAAGGAAAUAGUGUUUGAAAAUGGAAUGUUGGUGCUGUUACUAGAGAUUUAGGCUCAGUUAAGUGAUAUAAUGUAGGUACGUAAAGUACAUAUUGGUAUGGCAGUAGGUAUAUGCCUACACGCAAAUCAGGAACAUAGAGUUCUAGAUUGAUACCUUUCUCUAUAGAUCGUUUUACUUUCUCAGGUUAUUAAGACAUUAAAUCACUCAUAAGGUUUAAUUCAUAAAUUCCAAAUACCUACCUAAUCUGUUUCUUGACAUCAGGAUAAAGACAAAAUUGAAAAUCUAGAUAGAGAGUAGGAAAAUUUACUUAUCUACUAGAAUAGACACUUCUUUGAGUGUACACUUCUUAGGCAAUAAGCGUUUAUGAAAGGAAUCGAUGUACCUAUUGCAUGAGCCUGAAAGUUUUGAAUAGCAAUAAUUUAAUCUAUUGUAUAUUAUUUCAAGAAUAAUAAGUAAAAUGUUAAACAUUGCGAUUGCGACAACGUAGCGAUCUCGAAUAUUUAUCUGGCAUUAUUUUUUUAAAAUUAAAUUAGUAUCUUUAGCCAUAAUAAGUAUAAUGCAUUAUAAUGUUUAUAACUUACUAUUAUGAGAAAUAAGCUAAUAAUAUUCCGUAAAUAAUAUACGUUCUACGUAGUGUUAUGGAACACGAAAAAUAAAAUAAUUAGUUAUAGUUACCUACCUAAUUAACCAAAGGUGUAAAUAUGUUUUGGAAAAAAUACUUUAAUGAAUUGAGUCACUAGGUACUUGUAAAGGAAUUUAAAUUCAGUAAACUAUUUUCGUAUGA